UUUAUAUUAAAUAAGAAUAAUAAUAAUAAAAUAAAAUAAAAGUCUUCUUCUUCCCCGCUCCAACUCACCACCCCCUCCACCACACCCACAAAUCACCACCGUUUCAACUCCGCCGCUGCCCCACCGCUGCCCACCACCAUUUCAAUCAUCCUUCACCAUCACCGCCACCAUCACAAUCUUCUCCAGAUCCACAUCCCACAACCACAUUAAAAAUAGGUUCCAGAUCCGUCGCCCCACCCACAACAGUAAGUCAGUAAGAAUGAUGGAUGUUAAUACUAAAUAAAAGGAAAUAUAUAUUCAACAACACAAAAGUUGAAGUACUCUUCCGGUGGCAGCCCCACCGCCGAGUCCGGAGGCGGCGGAGAGAUUUCGAUCUCGUUCUCGUCUCGGUGCAGUUCCUUUUCGUACGAUUCCUUCUCUUCACCUGCACUAUUUCGUGAGGUCGCCCGCAUCGAUAGAGCGGCAGGACUGAGGAGGCGGUCGUGCCCGUCGUUAUUGCUCUGCAAUGCCAUUUCUAACGCCAGAACUUUUGGAUCGGAUAUGCAGUUCUCCUUGGUCAUGAAACCCGUAUCAAGACUCAAUUGCUAUAGCAUCGCCUCGCAGAUUACUUCAUUCCCUAUCUCAUUAUUCGACAUCUUUCUUCGACGCCCAAGAUUCUAUACUGUGGCAGCAACCGAAUGGAGGACACAACCCAAUUCGUCUUCGACUAAUCACUUAGAUAUAGUCGACGAAUUCACCACGUACUGCUAUCAGAGGGAUCUCUCCAAGGCAAUGAAAGCAUUGGACGUAAUGCAAACACGUAAAAUAUGGGCUGAUUCAAUCACGUAUACAGAGCUCGUUAAGUGCUGUAUAGCAAAUGCUGAUAUCAGACAAGGCAGACGAGUUCACCAGCAUGUUUUUGCCAACGGGUACGAGCCGAAAACUUUCCUUAAAAACACGCUCGUGAACAUGUACGUGAAGUUUAAUCUGCUGGACGAAGCACACCUCUUGUUCGAUCAAAUGCUUGAGAGGAAUGUUGUUACAUGGACGACUAUGAUUGCUGCUUACUCUAAUUCCGAGCAUAAGUACAAGGCCUUGGAAAUGUUGAUUAUGAUGCUUAGAGAUGGUGUUCGACCGAACAUGUACACGUAUUCUUCAGUUUUGAGAGCCUGUGAGGGGCUUACGAACCUCAAACAACUUCACUGUUGCAUAAUCAAGGUUGGUUUGGAGUUGGAUGUUUUUGUCAGAAGUGCUGUGAUCGACAUUUAUUCAAAAUGGGGUGAAGUAAAAUCUGCACUCAGCAUUUUCGAUGAGAUGGUAACUUCGGAUUUGGUUGUUUGGAACUCCGUUAUUGGUGGGUUUGCCCAGAACAGUGAAGGCGAUGAAGCCCUUAAUCUAUAUAUGCGAAUGAGGAGAUCUGGUUUUGGGGCUGACCAGUCAACUCUAACGAGUGUUUUACGAGGCUGCACUAGUUUAGCACUAUUGGAGCUGGGGAGACAAGUCCACGUCCACGUCAUCAAGUUCGAUCGGGACUUGGUCCUUAACAACGCACUUCUAGACAUGUAUUGUAAGUGUGGCAGUUUGGAAGAUGCUAGCUUUGUUUUCACGAGAAUGGCUGUAAAAGACGUGAUCUCUUGGAGUACCAUGAUAAUAGGCUUAGCCCAGAAUGGGUACAGCCGAAAAGCUCUCGAUUUAUUUGAUAAGAUGAAAUCUUCAGGAGCAAAGCCGAAUCACAUCACGAUUUUGGGUGUUCUGUUUGCGUGCAGCCAUGCGGGGCUCGUAAAAGAAGGUGAUUACUACUUCAAAUCGAUGAAGAAGCUUUUCGGGAUCGAUCCAGGAAGGGAGCACUAUGGCUGCAUGGUUGAUCUUCUUGGGAGAGCUGGGAAAGUCGAAGAAGCUAUUGAACUAAUCAAUGAAAUGAAAUGCGAACCCGAUGCUGUGACGUGGCGAACUCUGCUUGGUGCUUGUAGGGUUCACCGUAAAAUGGAUCUUGCCGAAUAUGCCGCCAAAAGGGUUUUGAGCUUGGAUUCUCACGACGCGGGGACUUAUAUACUGCUGUCGAAUAUCUACGCCAAUACUCAAAGAUGGGAAGACGUCGAAAAUUUGAGGAAAUCGAUGAAGAAUGUGGGAAUUCAGAAAGAGCCUGGAUGUAGUUGGAUCGAGAUAAACAAGCACGUCCAUGCUUUCAUAUUGGGCGAUAAAGCCCACCCGGAAAUAAAUGCUAUUCACGAGGAGCUGAAUCGAAUCAUGUGGAGAUUGAAGGGGGAGGGAUAUGUGCCGGACACGAAUUUCGUCUUGCAAGAUCUUGAAGGAGAGCAGAUGGAAAACUCUCUUGCUCACCACAGCGAGAAACUCGCGAUUGUUUUCGGUAUGAUGAGUUUGCUGAAGGGGAAGACGGUUAGGAUUAGAAAGAAUCUGAGGAUAUGCGGCGACUGUCAUGUUUUCGCGAAGCUUUUGGCGAAGAUGGAGUCUCGAAGUAUUGUCAUUAGGGAUCCUAUUCGUUACCAUCAUUUCGAGGAUGGAUCUUGCUCUUGCGGCGACUACUGGUAGUACGAAAUAAAUGCGAUUACCUACCGCAAGUUCCUAACGAGAUUUUAUGAUCGAUUAAUCCGUAUAUCUUGUGAAUGAGGUAUAGAAGGACAAGUUGGUGCAGAAAUACAUGUGCUUAAGCCAUGUUUGCCUCAGUCCUCCGAUAAAUUAAUAUGUUUAUUGCUCGACAAUUUGUCCGUUAAAUAAUGUUGAAACUCCUUGCCUGUAUCGUCGUUGGGGUUCAGCAUUAGACCAAGAGAGCCAGAGAAUCGUGUAUAAGAAAACUAUCGGCCGAUGCGAAACAGCAAGGUAAGAUUAUUUUCCUGAACUUCGUAUCUGCACCCUUUUUCCGAGAUUAAGGAAUUUCGACUCCACAAGCGAAAGUCUUGGAGAAAUCCAUGCUCGUCUCUGAUUUUGUUCACACAUGAGAUGAUGUGGCGGGUAUGUCGGAAAAUCUUAAAGCUUGAAACCUGGCAUGUAACGCCACUCAUCAAAAUCCCUACGCCAUGUGGUUUUCCAUCUGUCUUUUGUUGUUGUAGCACCAUACGAUGUAAUUUGUAUGUGUAGAGAAUGUUGAAUCGACACCUAAUACGAAACGGAUGUUGGAACCAAAAUGAGAAUUUCGUAAAAAUCAUUCAACGAGUAAGCUGCUGAAGCACGUCAGCUUUUUCUUAUUUAA